UAGAGUCGUGCGUUGAUCGGUGGCGGAUUAUUAGACGUUCGCAUGGUUGCAAAAUUGUUUGCAUAUCCUUUGCAUAUGUUGUACAAGAAAAGACUUCCGUCACAAUACGACGACUCUGAAAACAGCUUCCGAAAAUGGCUGGUGGAGAUUACUCUAUGAAUCCGAGCGAGGCUAAUGGUAAGAUACCAGUUCAGGCGCACUCAUCAUCAGGGACACCGGAGAAAGCAGCGUGGGGCCGCCCGCUUGAAUUUAUCUUAGCUUGUUUGGGAUAUGCAGUCGGCUUAGGCAAUGUCUGGCGUUUUCCUUAUCUUGCAUACAGAAAUGGCGGGGGUGCGUUUUUGAUUCCGUUUUUAUUGAUGAUGAUCCUGAUUGGCCUGCCAUUGUUUUUCUUGGAAUUAUACAUUGGACAAUACACAAGUCUGGGACCUUUGAAGGCGUUCGCCGCUAUCGGGCCCGUCUUCAGUGGUCUCGGUUACUGCACGUUGGUGGUGAUUAGUUUGAUCAGUAUUUACUAUAUGAUCAUUGUAGCGUGGACGUUGUUCUACACAAUAGUCUCGAUAGCCGGCAAUCUUGAUUGGGGAUCGUGCGAGAAUGAAUUUAAUACAGAUUUUUGUUACAGUGGAUUUUACGAUGCUCAAUGCAGAGUUAACAAUACAGGAAUUGCAACAGAUCUUACUUAUUAUUUAAGGCGUUGUGUAAGCAUUGGAGAGAUUUGUUUGCGCACUGGCUUUGAACCUUAUGACGGUAAAUAUUGUUUGAACGGUACAGAAACAAUACCUUGGUACAGCAAUGUGAGGAGAACUAUUGCAGCUGAGGAAUAUUAUACACAACGCGUAUUGGGCCGCGGCGACGCAACUUGGCAAAGCUGGGGCACGAUUCAAUGGCAUCUUGUCGGAUGUCUUGCCCUCGCCUGGUUUGUGGCAUUCCUCUGCGUUAUUAAAGGUGUUCAGUCAGCGGGUAAAGUGGUUUACUUCACAGCGUUGUUCCCGUACGUGAUGUUAACUGCCCUUCUUGUUAGAGGAGUGACAUUGGAAGGAGCAAAAGAGGGGAUUUUGUUCUAUUUGACGCCGGAUUGGAGCACUCUUUUAGACGCAAGAGUGUGGGGAGAUGCUGCCUCACAGAUCUUUUAUUCCUUUGGUGUGGCUUGUGGAUCUCUAAUCACGUUGGCGUCGUAUAAUGGCUUUUAUAACAAUUGUCAUUUUGAUACGGUGUUCGUUUGUUUUGCAAAUUUCUUUACUUCUGUGUACGCGGGCUUCGCUAUAUUCUCUGUGCUCGGAUUUCAAGCUGAAUUGAUGGGAGUCCAAAUUGAUGAUGUAGCAGAACAAGGGCCUGGCUUAGCAUUCGUUGCGUAUCCUGAAGCAUUACUGCAAAUGCCCAUACCACAGUUUUGGUCAAUAUUAUUCUUCCUGAUGUUAUUCAUACUCGGCCUUGGCAGUCAGUUCGCCGGUAUAGAAGCUAUCAAUACAGCGAUCGUUGAUCAGUGGCCACAGCUCAGAAAGAGAUAUUGGAUGGUGACAGCAACGACUUGCUUUUGUUGCUUCAUCCUCGGCAUCCCGAUGUGCUUCAGCGGUGGUGUCUAUUUGUUCACAUUGCUGGAGUGGAAUACUGCGUCCUGGGCUAUUCUGCUCAUAGGCAUGGCUGAGAGUGCAGCGGUGGCGUGGUGUUACGGCAUCAAUCGUGCGAUGAAUGAUUUAGCGGCAAUGAAUAUGAAACUCAACGUGGUGUUGAGGUUCUAUUGGAAAUCCGCAUGGACUGUUAUCUUACCAGUAGCUAGUGUUGCGGUGCUCGCUUUUAUAUUCUCCGAUUGGAAGCCGCCAAGCUACGCGGACUACGUGUUCCCAUUGUUCGCCGACAUUCUCGGCUGGUUAACUGCUAUAUCAACGAUAAUAUUGUUCCCCGUGGGUGUGGGAUGGGCAUUUUACAAGGGAUAUAGGGGCAAAGAGUUAUUUACUCCAACAGAAGAUUGGAAGCCAUCUAGAAGGGCUCUCAACAACUCCCCAUCUGACACAUCGAAUGACACAAACCAUACGGCUUAUGAUAACGUGGCAUACAUAUAGAUGUCAAAUUAAACUCAACUAUAAGAGCGCGCGCACUUCUUUAAACUAUCGCAUAACGAGGUAUGCACACUACUCGAUUUUUAGUUAUGCAACUAAA